AUGGAAAUUAAAAAAAAAGUGUUGAGUUUUUCUUCUCAAGAGAGUCAUCGUGGGGUUGAUAUUGGGAAAAUGGUUGAGAAAUGUUUAACGGAAUGGGAAAUAGAAAACGUUUUCACAAUUUCUGUUGACAAUGCAAGUGCGAAUGAUGUGGCAAUUGACUUCUUGAAAAAAAGUUUUCAAAACUCCAACAAGUGUCUUCUAAAUGGGAAAUGGAUGCACAUUCGAUGUAUUGCCCACAUUUUAAAUUUAGUGGUGCAAGAUGGCAUAAAAAAAGUUGAUAAGGCGGUGGAGAUAGUUCGAUGGGCGGUUAAAUGGAUUAGGCAAUCGCCUUCUAGAAUUCAUAAGUUUAUCGAGUUUGCUAAGGUUGCUAAUCCCGGUAUAACAAAACACUUGAAGAGAGAUGUGCCAACAAGAUGGAACUCUACUUACCAUAUGUUGGAAAUUGCCCAAGCUUACGAAAAAACUUUUGAGAGAUAUGAUCUUGAAGAAUUUGAUUUUCGGUACGAAAUUGAAAAUGCGGGUUUGUCGAUACCUUCAUCAAGCGAUUGGGAAAGGGUUAGGAAUGUAUGUCAUUUUUUAAAACCUUUUCAUGAUGUUACUUUGAGGAUUUCCGGGACACUUUAUGUGACAUCAAACACAUGCAUUGAAGAUAUAUAUUCCAUUCGUACGCUCUUGGAUGAUGCUAUUUUCGAUUCUAGUCUUUGUGAUAUUGCAUUGGCCAUGAAAGUAAAGUUUGAUAAGUAUUUUGGCGACAUAGAAAAAAUGAAUUUAUUGCUCUACUUUGCUUUGAUUCUUGAUCCGAGGAACAAAGUAAAGUAUUUGGUUAUACUACUUGAGGAUCGUUAUGGAGAAAAGGGGGUGGAGGCCAAAAAGAAAUAUAUCAUGGAUUCUAUGUAUGAAUUAUAUAAUGAUUAUAUUAGAAUUCAUUCUCCAAGUUCUACUUCAAGUACUGCCGAGUCUACCACUUCAUCAUCGAUACUAGGGAAACGCCAAAACUCGGAUUUGAUGGCACCUAAUCCCCCAUUAAGAAAUAAACUAAGAGAAAAAAUGAAGACGAACAUAGUUGAAUCAAUUGGGGAGUUAGAAAAGUAUUUGCAAGAAAGUGUUGAAGACGACUCAGAAAUGUUUAGUAUUCUAGAUUGGUGGAAAGUGAAUAGUCCAAGAUUCUCGGUUCUAUCAUUGAUGGCUAGAGAUGUGUUUGCCAUUCCCGUCUCAACCGUGGCUUCGGAAUCCGUUUUUAGCACUAGUAGGAGGGUGUUGGAUCCGUUUAGGAGUUCUUUGACUCCUAAGAUUGUUGAAAGUUUAAUUUGUACACAAGACUGGAUUCGGGGUAGCAUAAGUGACACAAUUGAUUAUGAAAAAGAUUGGGAAGAAAAUCAACAAAUUGACAAAGAAUUGAGCAAGAUGAAGUAGUGAAUGUGCAAGAAGAACGUGUAGGUGCAAGAAGACGAGUAUAUUUAUGAAUGUCUUUUGGAACUUGAAUGUUAUUUUUUU